GAGCAUAUCCUCUUCCUUCUGCAGUGAGUGGCAGUAGUGUCGCACUUUGCUUAGCUUCCAAUACAAAGCCUGCACUUUUACAGCAACUUUUCCUCUAGCUGAUCUUUCUACUGCAGGCGCCUCUGCCUUUUUUAGAAGACACCAGACUCGAGAGCAAGCUUAUUUGUCAUUUUUUUUUUGGUUUCUCCUCUUUUGAACCGACGCACCACUCGCCACCAUGUUUGAGGCUCGCUUGGUCCAGGGCUCCAUCCUGAAGAAGGUGCUGGAGGCGCUGAAGGACCUGAUCACGGAGGCGUGCUGGGAUGUCAGCUCGUCCGGCAUCUCCCUGCAGAGCAUGGACUCGUCUCACGUCUCCCUGGUGCAGCUCACCCUGCGGAGCGACGGCUUCGACUCGUACCGCUGCGACAGAAACCUGGCCAUGGGGGUCAACCUCAGCAGUAUGUCAAAAAUCCUCAAGUGUGCAGGCAACGAAGACAUCAUCACCCUCAGAGCAGAAGACAAUGCAGACACACUCGCCCUUGUGUUUGAGACACUCAACCAAGAGAAAGUCUCAGAUUAUGAGAUGAAAUUAAUGGACUUGGAUGUUGAGCAGCUGGGUAUUCCAGAGCAGGAAUACAGCUGUGUGGUGAAGAUGCCCUCUGGGGAGUUUGCCCGUAUCUGCCGUGACCUGUCCCAGAUCGGCGACGCCGUCAUGAUCUCCUGCGCCAAGGACGGCGUCAAGUUCUCUGCCACCGGAGAGCUGGGCACCGGAAACAUCAAGCUGUCACAGACCAGCAAUGUCGACAAAGAGGAUGAGGCAGUAACUAUUGAGAUGAACGAGCCCGUCCAGCUGAUCUUUGCCCUCAACUACCUGAACUUCUUCACUAAGGCUACACCACUGUCCAAGACUGUCAUCCUCAGCAUGUCUGCAGAUAUUCCCCUUGUGGUGGAGUACAAGAUUGCUGAUAUGGGACAUGUCAAAUACUACUUGGCACCCAAGAUUGACGAGGAGGCUUCCUAAAUCUCGUUUACAGUUACCCAAAGAGGGAGAAUGGAGGAAAGCAGGCGAUGAGGACUUGUCAUGAGUGACGAAAGGGCAGAAGUGAUAUCAACAUGGUCUUUUGUGAUAUUUAAUCUUUGUCUGUGAGCAGAUAUUUGACAAGAGUGAGGUGCAUUGUCAGCUUUUAUAUCCAGACCAGUGUCGCUAUUAUGAAUUAUGGCAGUCUUCAAAUUUUCUGAUUUGUAAUCGAGCUUCUGUGACUCGACUCAGGAGUGAAGUGUGCUCAUGAAGCCUGGUUGUUACAGUGCUCGGUUCAGAUAGCACUAGAGGCAAAGUCAGCACUUGUUCACCACGCCUUUUUGUGUUUCUCCAAUUCUACCUUUUUGGGUUUUCAAAUUUCAAGUAAUCCUUUCCUACUUGUAGAUAUGCGUCUGUAAAUACUUUCUAUGGUGUCAUGCUGUCAGCCAACCCCAAUAUUUUUUUGUAUUCAAAAUCCAAAUAAUGAACAAUUAAAGUUGUUUCCAAAACUGUU